GCACUUUGGAGAGAGAGCGUUUGUGUUGAUCUCUACUUGUACAAGGAGGACCGAGUUGAUGUGGCAGAUUUGAAAUGUCGGUUCAACUGGAAAUAACGCCUAAAUGUAAUUAGUGACAAGCAUUUCUUCAAUUCAUUGAUAGGAUGUGUUGUCCUCGAUCCCCUGCAAUUUUCGCCCGCUUACAGACUUGAGGAUUUCCCUGUGAUUGUAACUUCGGAUGUUUUCGCUUGUCCCCAUUGCUCUCUGGCCCAGGCAUUCCUUGGCGGACGAGAAGCAGAGCAGCAAAAUGGUGCAGGAUGUGUUGCUCGGAAGUUCUGAUGGAUGCACCUCUUUGCUGGAGACUCGAUUCUCCUCGCGAUUCGAGAAUGUAUCAGAGGAGAGUGAAAGCUAGCAGGAUCAGGUCCAGCUGGAAGUGAACUUUGGUGCAGUGGGUGCUUGGAAUUGGAACAAUGCUGAGCUCACGCUUCUGCUCUGUGCUCUGUGUUCACUCCACUUGUACAUGGAAUCGUUCGUCUAAAGCGAAUUUGGCCUGCGUGAGUGCAUCGGUGGGUACUUCUCCGCUGCGGCCGCAGCCGUCUCUGAGCAGAGGAUGGAUUCUGCAGCACAAACGCGGAAGUGCGGGGACUGGAAUCGAGGAGGUGCUGCUUUCGACGCUGGAAGAGCCCCGUUCUGAGUUGGAGUUGCAAGCCAUUGAAAAUGGGAAGGAGCUGGAAAUUUCGGAAUCUUUGCGAAUUUCGGGAAUUGAAAUGGAGAAGGGCAUGAGAUUGGUGCCUGAGGCGAAAUAUGUGAGAGGAGCAGACAUUAAAAAAGAGAGCUUCAUCAGGGUUUACUACAUAUCUGCUUUGCGGGUGCCUGCAAAAGAUUGUCAUGAAUUAGAGAGAAAUUUAGAUGAGCACCUGCUUAACUGGCCGAGAGUGGAUAAUAUCGCCCGAGUUCGAGGAGAUGAUGUCGAUCACGACCUGGAGAAUCUCUUUCGAGGCAGUAAAGAAUGGAGCCCGUCCACUGCCCAGGCUAUAAGAUCGGCAAUUUAUGGUGAAGAAGGUGCAAUCAACGAAGAGGCAAUUUUGUCAAAUAAGGACCUUAAAUUGGUUGAAUCAGGUGUCAAGGGCAUGGAUGAUCAACUGAGUCCAACCUCGAUAAGAUGUCAACCGUAUACGGUGGAGGUGGUGGACGAACAAGCAAAUGCGAAUGCAUCUGGUGGCUUGCUUGGAAUUCUGAAAAAGAAAUGGACAGGUCCAACGAGAUUGUUGUUACUCAACGAGGAACUUGUGGGCAGGAGUUUUGCUGAAUUACCUCCUUCUAUCAAGGCCGUGCUUUCACGUUCCGAGGAAUGUGAAUCACAGAGCAGAUGCCAACUCGUAUCUUGCAGGCUGACCCUCUACUACGAGUAUUGGUCUUUGGAGGAGGUGCUAAAAGAUUUGCUACCCUCGGAGGUUGAAGUUCCAGAUGCUUUCGAAAGAAUAGGUCACGUAGCAUUUUUAAAUCUUAAUGCUGAGCAAUGUCAGUAUCGACAUCUCAUUGCCCAGGUGACUUUGGAUAAGCACCAACCAAGAGUAAGGUCUGUUGUGAAUAAAAGAGAAGCGAGGAAUACCAGGUCUUACGCCGUCCACGUGGAAGUUUUAGCUGGAACCAGCUCUCUUGUCACAACUGUAUGGGAGAAUGGUAUUCCUUUUCGGAUCGACCUUGCAUCUGUGAUCUGGGAUUCUCGUCUCAGGGCAGACAGGCAGCGACUGGUUGGACUCUUUUGUAGGAACGAUGUCGUGUGCGACGUAUUUGCAGGUCCUGGACCAGUGUCUGUUCCAGCUGGUUUCAAGGUUAGGAGGACUUUUGCAAAUGAAGUCAACCCUGUGGCCUAUAAAUAUCUUGCUCAAAAUGUUACUGCGAAUAAGGUUGCCAGUAAAGUGGAAGUCUUUAACCUGGAUACAUCUCAGUUUUUAGAAAAUGUGUUUGAUCCUGAAAGGCCCUCGCCAGUAACGCAAGUGGUUAUGGCCUAUCCUUCAGCGGCAGCCGAUUUCUUGGAUUUUUUUUGUGGUGCAUUCAAGCGAAGGACGUGGGAGUUGCCUUUUUUGCCAAAACUUCACUUGUAUACUUUCUCCUCUGGUGCAGAUCCAGCAAAACGAGUUUCACAAGAUAUAGAAAAUACUUUCGGUGUGUGUCCGAAGGAUAUGGAUGUAGUUCUUAUAGCAGAAGAAGCACCUGGAGAGUGGAUGCUCCGAGCUUCAUUUACCAUCCCACCUGAAGUUGGAUUUCGAUAGAUUAUUCCGAAGCUGCUUUCUUUGAAGGUUUUCAAUUGUUCGGAAAUCACAAGUCCUUUGUACCAAACGAUAUAUGUGUAAAUUACAUUCAAUACCUAAAGCUUGAAGAGCAUGUUCUAUGGGGUG